AUGGCGUUGGUAGUGUGCACGAGUGCUGCCGUCAUUGUGGAGCUGCGGUUCACCCAGGGGAAGGACGAAUUUCAACAUGUGUCGAGACAUUCUAAGGAGGAACUGAGCAUCAUGGAGGAGUGGAAGAGGAUUCCAGUAACAACCCGUAUAGCUUUGGCCCAUUCCAUGCCCAAGAGGAUUAAGGGCAAUUCUCUGUCCAGCAUGAUCCGCCUCCUGGUCGUCAUAGCUGCGCUCAGCCAGCUGCCAGGUUCAGCAGCUGAGAUGCACAACAUCAGCACGUGUCCCUUCAAAUUCUUUGGCGAGAGUCAGAGCACUUUAUACACGGACAUCAGCAACGGUGUGAUAGACCUUUGUUUUGAUGGCAGCAUGGGAGAUAAAUGCAUCAGCAUCGUGAACGGCACGUCGACGUCGCUGAGCGUAGAGGUCAGUCAAGACCUGGCUGACACCAACUCACCAUUUCACCAAGCCAAGCCGGAACUCACGGAUACGUCGCCUUGCAAAAUAGUCAUUCUCCUGCAGGACGGCAAUGGCAACACAACCAUGAAUGUCACUCUGCGUACGUUUGGUAGAGAAGCGAUGGUUUUGUUUGAAACCCAUGGACGAAUGCUCAAUUCCAGCGCUCACAUUGACGGCAUGGUGCUGAGGGAAUGGGUGUCCUAUGAGUCUGACACCUUUGGCGACGUGAGCGGCUGCACACAUGAAGGCACUCCAUACCUACCUGACAUGUCAACCUGUGAUGACGCAGCCACCCUGGUCACAUGUAGCGCAGCCUCUGUCCUUAACGUCUCUCCUAACAAUGACAGCUGCAUAAAAGACGCAAUCUGCACUGUGUCCGCCUCCACCAUCAUUGAUCACCACGGCGACACCACCUCAGUGGAGGACCACUGUGCCUACACUUUGUUUUCAGACAGUGGCGUCCAGGUGUCGGGCGUUUUUAGGGAACGCCGUCGAAUGGAUGUGAUGUUUUUGGACGGUGUCAUCAUCCAUUUAGAUGACGCAGAUGUCGACAUCUACCUGGGACAAAGCGGCAAGGUUAAAGCCAACCACACUAAGUUGAACCUCACCGCUACACCCGAGGAGCAUUACGGAGUGAUGUUGUCCAAGGAUGAAACUGGCGUGACCGCCAACGUGUCUCUGUCCGCCAACUACACAGUGGUCUUCUUUGAUGGAUACACGGUUCAGAUCCACACGCCCAGGGCCAUGACCACCACAGGAGUUUACAGGAUGGAAAACCUGCAUGGGUUGUGUGCCAAUGCCACUGUGCCUUUAACAGACAAGAAGGACAGUGUUCACAGCUCACCCGGCUGUGAGGCACAGUACAGCGAGCCGGUUGACGAGUCCAUCAACUGCACCAUGGUGACUGAACAAUGUGAGAUGUUGCACAGCGCCAGCUUCAAUGCCUGCCAUGAGUACAUCAACCCCGAGCCGUACAUCACCGCCUGCAACAACACGCUGUGCCACUACCCCAACACGGAUGGGCUCCGGUGCCAGUUUCUGGGGGCCUACGACAAAGCCUGCCGCAUGGUGAUGCACUACGAGGGGGAACACAUGAAUGACUGGAGGGAGGAAGCGUACUGCCCUCACAAUCACACCUUCUGCAAUCACACAUACUGUGUUGAUCACGAGUUCUGUGCCAGCGGCAUCAAUGGUCAAAUCAACUGCUUCUGUCGGGCCAAGUUUGCUGCCGAAUACAAAGAAAACGGCACUUUAGGUGAUCAGACAAUCUGCGAGGACAACACUGCGAAAAUCAUUUUGCCCAACUGUAUCCUGGAGGAGAAGGGCUUCGACUACCACGACCUGCACCUCAACGACGACACAUGCAGAGGUCAUAACGACAUGUACCACAUGGUGACCUUCUCCUUCAAUAGUAGCAGAAACGCCUGUGGAGCUGUGAUGACGGCCAAUGAAACCAUCGUCCUGUACAAGAACACCAUCAGAGGACAGAACACCACCGACCUUGUCUCUCAUUUUGAUGAGUUCCACAUGGACUUUUCCUGCUUCCAGAACCAGCCGGACCACCAGAGCGUGACCUUCAAAAUCAAAGAUAACUCUGUCAUGCAACGCCUCAUUUCUGACUCUUGGGAUUACACGCUGAUCAUGAGGGCCUACUUGGAUGCUGAUCACGAGCGCCUUGUGCAGCAUCACACUGAAAUCCAGCUGAACCAGACUGUCUACAUAGCAUUGGCAACAGAAGGUCUGGAUGACAACACGGUUUCCUUGGUGACUGACCACUGCUGGGCCAGCAACACUUCGUCGGAAAACGGGCCUCUGAGACACAACCUGAUUACUGACGGCUGUGCCAGCCCUGAUGAUGACACCGUCAAGGUGGGGGUCAACGGAAUAGGAGUGGCCAACUUCUUCUCAUUCAACAUGUUCCACUUCGCCGGUGACAACCGUGAGCUCUACCUGCACUGUGACAUCCACCUGUGUCUGAAGCAGAACCAGAUCUGUGCCCCGAAUUGCGGGGUUCCUUCCAAGAGAAGGCGACGCAGGUAUGUUGCUGAAAGCCCCACCAUCAUCAGCAUGUCCUGGACCAAUUAGGUUGUUUGCAUGGUGACUUGGACUGACAUGGUGUGGACCUUCUAAAUGUUUCCAGAUUUUGUCCUGAUGAAGAACCUUUAUGUUUUGAAUGUGUUUGAGAAGAUGAGCUCAGGGUUGUAAUGAAGCCAUAUGCUAGUAAGUAGAAGAGUGAAAAGCAGACACUCAUCCAGUUUUAACUGGAACCUUUUGGACCAGCGAAGAGUUGAUACAAAAAGUAGAUCAAAAGUAUGAGUUGGAAUGUCUGGUAAAACCAUGUUUA